AUGAAUUCGUUGACGGAGACGCUCGCUCGGGCGACGCUGCGCGGGAGCGACGGUGGAGCGUUCCCGAAGAGCGCGAAGGCUGUGGAUUUUCCGUUGGUCGCUGGAUUUUACCUCGAAAAGGCGCCGAGUGAUGAUGAGAUUAAGACAUUCGUGGACGCGCUCGAGGCGUUUCCGGAAUUGCGUUCGGCGGCGACGCCGAGAGACUCGAAGAGCGUGAAAAAUUUGAGGCAUCUGCGGUGGGAAUGCGUGGAGGACGUUGGUAACGUCAAGGCGAUGCGGCGGUUCAAGCGUGUGGAGGUGGAGACGGCGAAGGAGUUAUCAAAGGUAUUCGACGACGCGAUGCUCGAGCAGUUCGAUACGAGCGCGCCGUUGUGGGACUGCGUCAUCGUGACGAGAAAAAAAGGCGUGAGUUCGGUGUGGGACGACGAUCAGACGGGAUAUCCCGAACCGCCCGUAGUUUUGGUCCGAGUAAGUCACGCGAUCGGAGACGGAAUCGCUCUGGUGGACGUGUUGAAGCGCGUGUCCUCGGCGCUCGACGGCGGCGACGUGAAGUUGCUGUCGUUCAAGCGUCGCGCGCAGGCAACGAAGCGCUCGGUACUUGCCGCCAUCUGGGCAUUCAUCACGUUUAUAUUUGUGUGUAUGUACGGCGCUAUGAAAGCCUUGCUCACCGCGGCGGGGCCUUACGACACGAAGACCACGUUCAAGGGAUCGAGGCCGCCGUACGGUUUCUCCGGGAAGCGUCGCGUCGUAGUGUGCCCGCCAGUCGCUAUCGACGACAUCAAGGCGAUUAAGAAUGUGAGUGGGUGUACCGUGAACGAUAUUGUCGUCGCUGCGCUUGCGGGAGCGAUUCAGGCGUACCACGCGAAGGUUGGGGACAAGAGCGCGACUAAAAAUCCGUUCUUGCGCUCGGCCACGCCGUACGCGUUCCCGGAACGCGUCACGGGCGCGCUCACAAACUCUUGGACUUUCGUCUCCUUGACGUUUCCUAUGGGCGUCAUGAGUGCGACCACUCGCCUUCAAAAGGCAAAGAAGACAUGUGAUUUUAUGAAGCGCUCGCCCGAACCGUACGUUACGCGUUGGCUCAACAAGUUUGUCAACGCGGCGGGUCCAGACGUGCAACGCAAAGUCGUCUUUGAUUACAUGUCGCGUCACAGCAUGGUGUUCACUAACGUUCCGGGACCCACGGAAACGAUCGUGCUCAUGGGAUCUCGCGUACGAGAUAUCGUUUUCGCGUGCGCCAACCUCGUCAAUCAGGUGAGCGUCGUGAGUUAUUCAGGGAGUUUGCGAUUGACGCUCGUCGUUGACCCGGACGCGACGCCGGACGCGCAAUACAUCGGUGACAUGUUUAAGAACGAGAUUGAGUGCUUGCGCAAAGAAGUGCUAUAG